UAUUUAUCUACACCUUUAUCCCAGCAACAAUGGAUCUUCUCUUACUCACCUUCAUACUAUUGGUGAUCUUUCUACUUUAUCAAUGGAGCAUGACCUUCAGGUUUUUCUGCAAGUUGGCCUUCAUCAGUUGCUGGAUUUUAUUCCUGUCUGUCACAGUAUCCCCUUGGGUAGCUGUAUUCAUUGGACAAAGAGUGGAAAACAUGAAGUUACUCUGCUCCUUGAUUCGUCCACUCAAAUAUAUCUACAACAUCACAUUCACUGUGCAGGGCUCUGAGAAUUUGAAUAUCAAGCAGUCAUAUGUGAUUGUUUGCAACCAUCAGACAAAUUUUGAUCUUCUUGCAAUGGUAGAGAUCUUGCCAGAGCGCUGUGUACCAAUUACCAAAAAAGAGCUGUUAUAUUGGGGGCCUGUGGGCUUCUCUGGUUGGUUAUGCAACUUAGUUUUCAUUGAUCGCAAGAAGCAGCACCAAGCAAGAGACACCUUAGGACACCUUGCAGAGAGGAUGCAACAUGAGAAGCUGAGGAUCUGGGUUUAUCCAGAAGGCACCAGGAAUCGGGAGGACACCAUGCUUCCCUUCAAGCGGGGCGCCUUUCACUUGGCUAUAAAGGCUCAGGUUCCCAUUGUCCCCAUUGUGAUAUCUUCUUACAAUGGUUUUUACAGUUUCAAGGAUAAGAGAUUUGAUCCAGGUAAUAUAACCAUUCGGAUUUUGCCCAAGAUACAAACACAAGGACUUGACUUACAGGAUAUUUCUGGAGUGGUUGAGAGCACUCGCAGAUUGAUGCAAGACACUUUUAAUGACAUUUCUGGGAAGAUUGUGCAGAGAAAGAUGAGAGACAAUGAGUGCUCGUGAUCAUGGAAACCUCAGAAAAAACACUGGCCAUGAUGGAAGUAAAACAAGAACAUUUCUCUUCUAAAUAAGGCCAGGAAUUACUCUGAGUUGGAAAAAGACUAGCACCACCUUGUUACCUUGCUAUAAAAAAAAUGCUAACUACAUAUGAUCUGUUUUUGAUCUUUUCCAAAUCUGUUUUGGAGAGGAUGCUUACAAUAAGAGAAGAUCUCCAGGUCCACUUAAAUCUAAAAUCACUAAAUAUGGUCUGUUUGAUCAUAUACCUGCCAUCCAAGACUUGGGUAAUAAGUAAUUCAGUAAUAAAACUUUAUUACUGAAGAUAAAUGAAUUUGUAUAAGUCCUAAAGUUGUGAAAAAGAGGUGCUGUAAGUCUCUUAAGAUAAAACAUUUGUAUCUAGUUUGAGUGAGAUACGUUAUUUGCAUCCAGAAAAUUAUCAUGGGAAAAAUCUGAGCUGAGUCACUCAGCAGAGCUUUUGCUCAUCUGACUCAAUGCAGUCAGAUGAGCAAAAGUAUGUUCCCAAGAUGUUAUGUUCCGGAUUUCUUGUCUCUUUGCCGCCUCCUCAAAGUAUCACUCUAUACUAUCAUGUUGCAGAUUCUUCUGACUGUAACACAGGCCAUUCCUUAUACGGAAGUAUUCUAGCAAUGUUCAGACUUGCCAUUUGGCUGGAAGAUUCCAAGAUGGAAUGUUUUUUGUACGUCCACAUUCUGUGAGUGCAGCCAAUUGUAUAUAGCUUGUUUUAACUGGCUGCUACUGUAUUAAUCUUGUACUCUUUGUGUUUAGAUUUAUAAAAUUGCUAUGCUGGAUCAUAUUUUAUUCUUCUUUUCAAAUGCUUUGGGCAAGCCAAACAGUAGAAAUAGAGAAAUAUAAAUAUAUUCUGAAUAAAUGGAGGAUGCAUUAUUCUCAGGUAUUUGAGGUUAAGGAGUGCCUUAACUUGUAAGUUGGCUGCAGCUCUAAUAUUUAAAGGACAAUUUCUAUAAAAUCAUAAAAGAAAAUUUAGAGUUUACCACAUUUGGAAGGUAGAAGUUCAGCUCUGAAAUUUCCAAAAGAUUCCACUCAAAUCUUUGAGGAUUUGACUCUCUUUUUCAGCCUUUAGUUUCUUAUUUGAAAUGAAAUCACUAAACAAGCCUUUGGAAAUAUUAAGAAAAAACUAACAUGGAAUACAAGGUCUGAGAUCUAGUAUGUCCAAACUCUGCUUUGGAGCUGAGGCUAGAUGUGAUCUGUUGACAGUACGUAGCACGGAAGAACAAUUUCUAAAAGACCAACCCAGCAAUUACGACUCUUCUCAUGUUUAUUAUCAGAAGAUCUUUUAUCUGUAAUCUAAAGGGCCUAGAUAUGAAUAUGAAAUAUGAAGUUUUCUUCCUUAUAAUAGUGGGAUAAUGUCACAUGUGAAUCAGGUUCUCCUCAAAAAGCAGGUCUUGGAGUAACUAUGUUGAUAAUAAUUGCAAGACAGAGCUGGCAAUUAAAAGUUGUAUCUGAUAUGGAACUGCAGGUAUAAGGUGAACUUUCCUGUUAUAUUCAGAAUUGUGUUGUAUUAGCAUUGCAAGGCAAGCUACUCAUAUGGUAUUGUCUCCAGCCCUCUUCAAAACGCUGCAGAUAAUAGAAAAGUCUGGGUUUGAGUGAAGGAAAAAACAUCUUACUGAUAAUCCCAAAGGUGCUUUUUUAAAAGUUAACUGGAACUUCUUUAUUUUUUUCUUAAUAAUGUUUUGCUUCUCCUCCAAGAAGCUUCUUCAUUUCUGACUGAAUGGUGGGGAACAGAAGGAUUUAUAUUGUUUGUGGUCAUCUGGUGAUUAGCACUCUGAGGGACAGUCAUUAGUUCUUUGGAAAUCAUGAGGCCAUUUUAUCUAUCUCCUCAGAAUCACCUGAGUCAGAAUGCAGAUGGUAUGGAACCCUCUUGGAACUGCUGAAAGGACUAUGUUGUAGACAGGAGGUAGUUGGUAUUGUAUUCCCUCCCCCUCUGUUGAGAGAAGGCUGUCCAGUUUAAUGUAGAUUGUCGCUUUGAUCUGUAUUUCAAAGCAAUGGUCCUCUCUGUCCAGAAUGUGAACUUUACUGUCUUCAAAAGAGUGACCUUUGU